AUGAACAGGUACUUGUAUUACGGAGGCGCAACUUCGAUUCCAGCCUAUAACUGCACGGAUUUUAAACCGGUCUACCCGAAUCCUAAUAUCAAAAUGUUUUCCGGAACGCUUGAUAUUGUAUACGGACUUGUUGUUAUUGUGGGUUUCAUUCCAUGAAGCACAAAGGUUCCAUAACUACUUUUCAGUUUCUGUACGUACCCACAAUGAUAGUCUUCUACAGACAAUCCAGGCUCGCCUGCUUCAAGAUCAUGUUCCUUCUGGCAGUGGUUGACGUGGGAGCAAUUCGUGAGUAACCUCUAAGAAUCUUUGUGUACCUCUAGAUCCUUCCUACAGUAAUGAACUCCCUCGCCACCGGAUUCCUUCUUAUGCACGGCGCUUCGUUUUGCGACUACCCUGACUUCAUCUACAUUUGCGGAGCAGUCGGGCUCGGCUGCUGGUGCAGUGCCUGUCUUACCUGCCUGAUCCUUGCGCUCAACCGCAUUCUCGACAUGGUCUGUCCUCUCAUGGUCAAGAUUUACUUCCGCGGCUACCGUACUUGUGUCGUCCUGCUCGCUCCGAUCCUCUACGGCCUCUUCUUCACUUUCCUCACUCCUCCAGUCAUCUUCUCCGCCGAGUAUCAAACCUGGUUCUUUGAUCCUCAAACUUUGAAAGACAAACAGCGAGAGUACACGAACAUUCCGCACACUAUCAACAACUUCUCGCUGGUCUUUCUGACCUGUUUCCUCUAUGUCUUCUUCUGUUUCAAGGUUCGGAGACAGUUUCAGAAGAGUUUCCGGCCGAAGCGAACUGCGAGACAACGUCAGGUAGGAUCCGAAUACGCACGAGUUCGAAUUCGAGGCUAAUCUUUGCAGAUCUUCCUCCAAUCCACCCUACUUUGUCUCAUCCAUCUAUUCGCCUCCAUCAUCUACGUCAUCAUGCAGUUCAUCGUCGUCCCGAAGUGGCUGACGAUCCUCUCGCAAUACCUCUGGCAGUUGGCUCAGGGUAUGUUCGAUCAUUCAUUGAACUCGCGUCUCAAAAGAUCACUUCGAAAGGUUGCCCAGUCAUAAUCUACCUGCUGUUCAACCGCAAAGUACGUGCGGCUCUGCUCGUCUUCAUGACAUCUUCUUCACAGGUAUUGCUCGUGAUUUUUGUUCCCGUAAUCCUUUUUAUUUUCUCAGGAUAAGUCGUCCAACUACAUCCGGAAAAGUGGAGAGACGAAAACGUUGAUGCAGAUGAAUCAGCUUGCUCAAUUGCAGCAGAAUCAGAAGGCGACGAGCGCUUCGACGACGCUAUAA